AUGUCAAGAGUAGUAGUAAGAUUUAUCUUGAAUAGACAAUGCAUUGCAACUAAACCACUAAAUUCACAAGAUAAUUUGAAAGUAGUCAGAGAGGUAUUAAAAGGAAAGAUGUCUGAUUCUCAACACUUUUUAACAAGAGAUGGAGAUUUAAUUGAUGUGAACGAUGAAGAGUGUUUUACUGUACAAGAUGUAAUUGAUGAGAAAAGAAUAAUAAAUAUUAAAGGAACAGAAGUUAAAAAAGGAAUAAGAAUAAAGAUAAAUGAUAAAGUACUUACCACUAUUGAAAUAGACAAUAAAACACCAUUAAGUGAUGUUAGAAAAAUAGUUCAAAAUAUACUAGAAUCAGCACAUUUCUAUACACCUGACGAUGAUAGAGUUGAAAGAGAUGAUGAAGAAGAAUUUACUGUAGAAGAUAUAAUAAAUAAUGAAGAAAUUAAUCUUAAAGAAGAGAAAGAAAAUACACCAGAAAGAAAUGAUAUAACAAUUGGAAUAUGUUUGAAUGGAAAACCUAUGCUUAAAAAGCAAUUCAACAAAACUAAUUCUCUUUCAGAUGUUAGAAAAGAAAUUGAAAAUGUAAAACAAAUUCCAAAAGACUUUGUGUUUGAAGAUCUAGAAGGAUUUAAAAUACCAACUGAUGAUGAACAAUCAUUAAAAUUAACAUCUAUUUUGUAUAACAAUAAGAUCAAUAUAACAACAGAAGUUACAGAUGUGUUUGAACCAAGUACUAACACAUCUCUUCUAGGUUCAUCAAAUAAUAGUACCAUACCUGGCAAUUCUUUAACUAAUAGUAUCACUUCUGAUAUUUCACUGAGUAAUAACGCAUGCAUAUUUGAACGAAAUGUUCCAAUUGAAGGAAGUAUAAGAUUGAAAAGUCAUGAAAAAGGAAAGUUGAAAAUAUAUUUAUAUCCAAAUCAACCAUUUAAUCAAAAAGAUGAGAAUGAUGCAAUUGCUAUUCUAGUCGUUGGUGAAACAGGAAGUGGAAAAACUACAUUAUUGAAUAGUUUUGUAAAUGCAUUAUACGGGAUAAGAAUAACAGAUGACUUUAGAUAUAUAAUUAUAAAUGAAGAUUAUUUAGAACAGUAUGGAGAUCAAUCUAUAAGUCAAACAAGUCAAGUAAUAAUUUAUAAUAUUAAAAGAACAAAAAGAACACCACCAAUAAAAAUAAUAGAUACACCAGGAUUUGUAAAUACAAGAGGAAUUGCUUAUGAUAUAGAAAUUACUAAACAAAUAAAAGAAGCAUUUGAAAAUAAAGUAUUUGAUUUAAAUGCUAUUUGUUUUGUUACACUACCAAAUCAUGUAAAAAUAACAGCAGGUCAAAAAUAUUUAUUUGAGAAUAUUAUUAAUUUAUUUGGGAAAGAUGUUAAAAAGAAUUUUAUUGCAAUGUUUACAUUCUGUGAUGGUGAAAAACCACACGUUAUAAAUGCAUUGGAAUCAAAAGAUUGCAUUUUCAGUACAAUUAUUCCAGAAAUAGAUGAACCAUGGUAUUUAAAAUUUAAUAAUUCAGCUAUUUAUAGUGAUAAUACAGAAGAUAUAUUUACACAAAUGUUUUGGGAAUUAAGUAUGAAGAAUUUUGAUGACUUUAUAACAAAAUUAGUAACAUUACCAAGAAUAUCAUUAGAGAAAUCGAGAGAAGUGUUGAAGAGAAGAGAACGUAUUAAAGUUCAGCUUGAAGGAUUAAGAAUAUCAUUAAAUAGUCGGUUUGCAAAAAUGAAUGAGAUAAAACAGAUAUAUGAACAGUUAUAUUUGAAUCGAGAUAAAGUUAAAGAUAAUGAAAACUUUACUUUUACUGUACGUGUAACAAAACAAAUUAAAAUUCACUUAAAAUCAGGAGAAUAUGCAACAAAUUGUAAUAAAUGUCAUAAAACGUGUCAUUAUCCAUGUAGUAUUAAAGGAGAUAUUAAAAGAGAAUGUUCAUGUAUUGGUGAUAAUGGAAAUUGUAAAGUAUGUGGUUGUCAUUCAUCACAACACGUAAAUGAAUCAUAUAGAUUUGAUUAUGUAAUUGAGAAAAAACAACAAACAGCAAAAGAAGUAUUUGAAAGAUAUAAUGAAGGUAAAAAAGGUGUUGCUAACGCAGAAGCUAUGUUAAAAAAGUUAGAAGAUGAGUAUGAUAAAAUUCAAACGGAACAUUAUGAUAAGGAACAAGAAAUUAUCGAAUGUGUUAAUAGAUUAUCUGAAAUUGCAUUAAAUGGUAAAGUUACCAGUUCAAAUGAAUAUUUAGACAUAUUAAUUCAAACAGAAAAUGAAGAAAAGAAAGAUAGAUAUAAAGAAAGAAUUGAAGAAUAUGAAAAACUUAAACAAGCAAAUGAAAUGAUAGAAGAUAUUAUGAAAAAAUCAACAACAAAAAAGAGUAAGGAAGAUAUCAUGGCAGAAUUUGAAGCAAGAAAGAAAGAGUUGAAAGAAGGAGAAAAAACAACAAUGGAUAAAUAUGGAGAGAAUUGUGUUGUUUGUUAA